CAUAGACUAUAGAAAGAAAGCCGUCAAUGUCAAACUGACGUCCAAUGAAAUCCGACCGCGCAAAUUACGGAUUUCGUAUCGAUUUUCACAGCCGUAAAUAUUAAAACUUGACCUGUUAUAGCAUUCCAAGUUCCUUUACUACCCUCGCCUCGAUGUCAACACAAUCGAAAACAAAAGCCAUGCCUCUAUUAGACUUGAAAAUGUACGUGCGAGUGGUGGCGGCAGUGUUCUCUAUUUCGUCUUCGACCGCGUUCGUGAUGGCCCUGCUUCGGUUAUUGAAGCCGGAAUUAUUCUAUUUGGAGCCAUUAUUCAGUAGCGAUUUGGGAGUUCACUAUUUCAUAUCUGGUCUAAUGAUAGUGACAAGUGCCAUAGGCUUCCUAAACAGCUGUAUCGUCAUGAACCGGAGCACAGCCCUGAACACAGGCCGGAACAUUACGACGUGGUUGCUGCUGGAUUCACUGUUUGAGACCAGCCGGGUGGUGUAUGUGUUUGUGUCCGAGGUUGUGCUGAAAGGGAAGGGUCCAAUACAGUUGUAUGACUUGCUGAUCAGCGCUGCGCAAUAUUUGCUGGAUAGCUUCCUCUACUGCCAAAUGAUACUCAGACACUAGUACACGUGGAAAACUCGUAGUUUUAAAUUAUUCAUAUAGCACUAUAUACAUAGAUCCAAGAUUUAUAGCAUUUAGUGAAAAUCUUCCAAAGAAUAUUCUAGGCUACAUAGUGAUUAUUUUCUCAAAAUUAUGAUCUUGUAGUGUAAAAUAUGUAUUUUUCUAGAAGGAAAAUACAAUGAUGUUUGAUAUUUAAGGAAAGCCAUGGUUGAGAAAUUUUAUUUGUGAGCCAUAGAAGAUAUUUAAAAAAAGGUUGCUGAUACAGACCAAGCUAACUUUGCAUCAUACUACAUUUUGAAAAAUAAAGUGUGGCAAUGUCAUAAUUAAUGUCAGAUUUUUAUGAAAGAAUGAUAUGUAUUUAUAAUUUAUUUAUUUAUAAUGAUACUCCCAAACUUUAGUCCUUUCAAGCCGGUGCAAACUUAGCUUUUUUAUAGAUGCAAGAAUUCGAGAAUUUCUGUGUUGUGUGUGUCACAUGUAUAAGGCUACCUUUCCACUAAGCUGAAGAUGGAAAGAGACAUGCCCAAAAUCAACCAAUAGCAUUGGUUGUUGUAAUACAGCAGAGCAGAGAAUCUCCUCUCAUCUCCAGUCUAGUUGAGUCGUAUAUUUUAAACUGUCUCAAAAUGAUAUAGUCAAAAACAUUCCUGUGUUGCUUUAAUUUUGAGCUUAUUAUAGUGAAUAUUGAGAUUAUUUACGGUUGCUGUGAUUCUGAACAUAUUGAAAGCAGGGUUUAUUAGCAAAUUUAUAUUUACUAUGGCUUCGCCAUGCUAUUUUACGUUUGAAUGCUUUAUAUGGCAAAAAAAAGCGAUAAAGAAGACGAAAAACUUCAACUAUACUGUAAAACGUAAUUCAAGACCAAAAAAAGUAAACAAUGUUGCCACUUUUUACUAGCGCGUCUUGCAUUUAUGUAAAAAUAAGUAAAUAAAAGUACUUUUUUUAAAUAGUAGGACUAAAAUUACGAAUAAAUAAUUUAUCUUAGCGUGAUUAUUAAGGAAUUUACUAUUUUACAAACAAAUUAUUGCAACGGCAACAUUGUCUUACUUUUUUUGGUCUUGAAUUACGUUUUGCAGUUUAGUAUAAGUACUACUUUGCGUCGCGCAGUUGAGUAAUUUAUGCAUGUGCACACCGGAUGCGUAUGCGUAAGACGUGCGCGUGUACCUAAUAUAGAUCCUUAUGAGAGAUGGCACACCGCUUGCGUGAUGUGUGCGUACACGGCGACGCACGCGCAGCCGGUGGGCUCUGACCUUUAAUCAUAUUGUGUUGGUAAUUUAAGUAUACGUAUGUUUUGUAAUAUCUAAUAACGUAGGUAUAAACGGUAGGUAUGUUUGUAGGAGUGCUAGACGUAAAAAAGGAGCAUCAAAUUAUGAUAUCUUAAUAUUUGUUUUACUUUUUAACAAAAUUAUAGUCUACACUCAUAAUUUUAAGCGAGAUAAAACUAUUCCUUAUAAAACAAAACUUUCCAACCCGGAGGUACUUUAGAUAAGUCUAGAUAAUUUUAAAAUUUGAUUUGACUUGAUAUAUAAGAGUAAAUAUCACAAUUUUAAAAAUCCUAUUAUGUAAAAUAUCUUAUAUUGCUUAAAACUUUUACUCUCACAUCAAUAUUUUCAUAAGACUUAGCAAAAAGAUGUAUACCUACUAUGAGUAUUAUUUUAAUAAUUAUAAGUAACUGAUGUAGUGCAUUUACUUCAAAAUGGGUCAUACUCAGAGUAAUUCUAUUUUUACUUUUCUUUUCCCAAAAGUAAAGGACAUUAGUGUAAAAUAUUUAGGGCGAUUUAAUCACAAUUAUUUAAAGAAACUAAUAUCUAGAAUCGUCAACUUUCUGUAACAGAAGAGACGACAUUUGUUUUUCUAUUCAAGACCCUUACACACCGGAUGCAUGUGCAUAGACGUGCACGUUGUAUUAUAUAAAGGUUUAUGAGAGACGGCACACCGCUUGCGUGACGUGUGCGUGCACGGCUCCAACAUUUUAUCGCACGUCUUCAUACGCAGCCGAUGUGCUCUGGCCUUAUUUAUUCCCACCGAUAUCACAAAGUUUUAUAUUAUUGGAUCUAGAAAUCUUGUCAAAAUUCUAGUCAAAAUUGUUUGGUGCUCUAGAUUCAGUGUCCAUUCGAUUGUUAAAUUGUUUUAAGCGUGUCUAAAUUGCCUGUAUAUUAUAUUCUGUAAGGCGAAGGCAGGUUGUUACUGAGGAACAAUAAACGUUAUAGAUCUUA